UCAAGAAAUAAAAAUGAAGCUAAAAUUAAUUCCAAUGCAGGAACUUUACAAAAAAAUUCCCGAAUUAAAGGAAUCCGACGUCGCCACGAUCCGCGAUUGGAUGUCAAAGCAACCUCACUUGCCCGAGUUGACGGAUCAGGAAAUUGCGAAUUUUCUUCAUGCGCGAUAUUUUAGCAUCGAAGCCACGAAAAAGCUCAUUGAAAGUAAUUUAACGAUCAGAACUCAUGCAAAAGAUCUUUUCGAAAAUAAGGAUUUUAUGGGAGAUGACAUUCAAAUGAUCAAGGAUGUAAUUGUCGGAUUUCCGCUCCCGAAAUUGACUCCUGAAGGAUAUACGGUAAUUUUUUGGAAAAUUAUUGAUUCAGAUGUAUCCAAAUACAGCUUGAAAUCCAUCACUCGGUUGUCUUACUACCCGCACGUCGCUGAAAUGUUAGAAAAAGGCCCGACAAAUGGGUAUGUUAUUUUAAUCGACAUGGAUGGAUAUUCGUUCAAGCAUCUUUUGCGCUUGAAUCCGACAAUUGUGCAUCAAACGACGCUUUUUACGCAAGAAGGGUUUCAAGUGCGGUUGAAAGGCAUAAUUUUCUUCAAUGGAGUUGCUUUUAUGGAUAAAGUUGCUGCAAUAAUUAAACCAUUUUUAACGAAAGAAUAUGAGGAACUAUUUAAAGUGUAUUCAAAAGUAGAGGAUUUGGCGGAAUUUAUGCCGUUGGAAAUGUUGCCAUGUGACUAUAAGGGCGGAAAAGAAGAUACCAUGAUGAAUUUAUGGAGAAAAUAUUUAAAAUAUUUGGAGGAACGAAGAGACUUCUUUUUGGAGGAAUCAAAAACGAGAAAAGUAAAUGAAAAUCUUCGACAAGGCAAAAGUAUUUUAUCCAAUCAAUUAUUUGGCAUGGAAGGAAGUUUCAAAAAAUUACAAAUCGAUUAAAAUGUUACAUAAAAUAAUCAUCACGAAGGGCAAUUAA